AUGUUUUCAUUAAGGUCUAGCUCGAAUACCAAUAAAAAAAUAAUCCAAGCGGAUGAGAAGGAAAAGAGCGAAAAUGCAAAUUAUGAGAAAACCACAUAUACUGAGGAAUCUUUAAGUAAAAUUGAUAAUUAUGUAAAAUAUUCUGACCAACAGAAUAAUAACUAUCCAAUUAGUAGAACAACAACCCCACACCUUAUUAAUAUUGAGAGUAUAGAAACGGUUAAUGGCAGAUCAUUUAAUAAUAUUGCAAAGGCAGUUACACUUUCAAAUGAUGAUGACAAUUUUAAACAAAUAACUGAAAGUGAUGAAUGUAAUAAUGAAGAAUAUACAAAUAAAGACAUCACAAAAGCGUUAAAUAAAAAAUAUGAUAGCAUUGAUGAUAGUGCUAGUUUUGAAUCAGUAAAAAUAGAAGCCCAUGAAAAUAGGAACAACAAUGAAAAUAAAGAAAAUUUCAAUAACGAUGAUAAUGAUGAUAAAUAUUAUUUAAAUAUUAAAAAAAAUCUUGAGAAUGAUCAAUUAAAAGAAGGAACAGAAGAGGAUGACGAAAAUGGGUCUAUAUAUGACGCUGACGAAAAAAAUAUAUAUAUGAAAUCACAAAUUAAUAAGAAAUCACAUUUUAAUGAAAAUAUGAAUAAUAAUAAAAACAUUAACAAUCCAUUGGGAAGUGGAAAAAUCAUUAAUGAUAUGAUUAAUAACACUGGAAAUAAUAUUAACACUAGCGAAAAUAGUGACAAUAGUGAUAUUCAUAAUAACGAAAGUAUUAAUAAUAAUAGUAAUGAUAAUAUUUAUGAACACGACGAUAGAAUGGUUUAUUUAAAAAAAUUACGUUAUGAAGACAAUUCUAAAGACAAUUUUGAUGAAAAAUUUGGAUUUCAAGAAAAAGAAUCUGGAAAUAGUAUGGGUAAUGAUGAAAUAUACAACUUAAAUAAUGAUGACAAUGAAAAUAAUAUAAAAUUAAAGGAAUAUUUAUUAAAAGGAAUAAUGUCAAAAAAAACAAAUGCAGAAAACGGAUCAAUAAAUCACAAUAAAGCACUUGCAUUAAUGGAUAACAUAUUGAAUAUAAAAAAUAAUGACAAUAAUGAUAGUGGAUUAAAUUUUCCAUUAAGGAAAUCAUAUAAUGAUGAUAGAAAGGAUUUAAUAGAUAAAUAUACAUAUUCAAUGAUGGGAUAUAAUAAUAUACCAUAUAAUGAUAUCAAUAAUCGCAAUGGAAAUGUGAAUAAUAAAAUUCAUUGCAAUAGCAACCAUCGAGAUCAUAAUAAUUGCGAUCAUCAUCGAUGUUUCAUUAAUAAUAUUAGUAUGAAAGAAUCAAUAAAUAAAAAUGAAUACAUAAAAAAAGUUAAAGUAAUAUGCUUAAGCUACUUGAGAAUUUUAAAAAGAUUAGUUACAGCUUGGAGUGAAACUAAUAAAUCAUUUGAAUAUCAUUUUAUUAAUAUAUUAAACAAUGUUGAGCCUAAUAAUUUAGAAAUCUAUUUAUGUUGUUUUUCUAACAUUAAAAUAUGUUCUAUAAAAAGUAUAUUUAUGUAUUCUAUAAUAGAAUGUAUUGAAGAAUUGGAAAUAAUAAAGCAUUUUAAAAUGUUACAAAAUAAGGAAGAUGCAUCAUCAGAUAAGAAUAAUACCACUAAUAAUGCUAGUAGUACUACAAAUGCAGUACAUGAUAAGAGUGAAUUACAUAAACGAAUCAUGGAAGAAGUUGAAAAAAAUUUAACAAAAGAAAUUGUUGAUGAAAUGCAUGAAUUAGCAUUAAAGAACCCAUAUUUUAGUAAAUCCUACUAUUUGAAUAGUCAAAAUAAUGCAGAAGAAAAAGCAUCUACUAUUUUAUCUCUAUACAACAGUGGAUAUAAAACUAAUAUACAUGGUUAUAAUGAUAUUACUCAAGGAUUUGAUGAUUUUAAAAGAGGAAAAGACUUAUUACAUUGUAAUCAUAGUGGCGAUAAUAAUUAUGGUGGUGUUAGAAAUAGUUGUGGAUGUAAUCAUGACAAUUUGAAUAACUAUGGUUGUGGUGAAUCUUUACCAAUAAAUUAUGCUAGCAACAUUUUAUAUAAUUAUUUAAACAAUAAUAAUGGAAAUAAUAAAAAUGGAUUAUCUAAUAAUCAUCAUCAUCAUAACAGAAAUGGGCAUUCGAGCUUAAGCAAUUCAAAUAAUAAUUACAAUUCAUCCUAUAAUGUUUCAAAUUGUAAAACAAAAAAAAAUAAUUAUUCAAAUCAAAAUAUUUUAAACAAAUUAAAUGUUAGUAUCGAUUAUAAUUCUUAUAAUGAUUAUAAUAAUAACUAUAUACAAGAAGCUGAAAAAAUAGUUGAAAAAUAUAAAAAUUUUAACAAGAUGAAUUCAAAAGAUAGUGAUAAUAUGUAUAAUGCACCCAGUUAUUUAAAUGGUGCAGCUGAUCUAAAUAAUCAUGGUAAUAAUAAUGCAAAUGCCAUUAAACAUUUUAAAAUGCUUUUAUCUGAGUAUGCAAAUGCGUGCAAAAAUGAGAAGAUACACCCCAAAGGAAUGGAUAUAAACCCAGUUGACCUAAAUCUUUUAAAGUCUUUCUACUCCCGAUUAAACCCGUCUGGUAGUUUAGAGGAAAGGGAUCAUCAUCAUGAUAAAUCAAACGAAGACAUCGAUCUAAAAGAUAUAAAAGGAUAUUAUGAAAAUAAACAUAAAAUGGAACAUGAUAGAAACAUUGAUUUAAACAAAUAUACGGACGUUUCUCGAUUUGCUGAAGAUGGUAAUUAUAACGAAAGAGAUAAUUAUGGAAAAUUUGAUAAAGAUCAAGGUGAUACAAAUGGAAAUGAAAGUAAUUAUGGCUUUUUAUCAAACAUUAUUCAAAAUAUGUUAUUUAAAAAAAGAAAGCAAGAUGUUUUAUAUCCAUCAUCUAAGGGAAAUAAUGGAAACAAUGAUAAUAAUUCUUACAAUGAUUUGAACUACUUAUUACGUAAUAGCAAUGUUUUAAAGAAAUUUAAAUUAAAUAUGAUGGACAAUAAAAAAGAUAGUGGAUAUAACAAAAAUGGAAAUGGCGAUAAUAAUGGUAAUGACUAUUUAAGGAAAAAAGAUAUGAAUGAUAAUAAUAAUGGUGGUCAUGGUUAUAAUUCUCGAAAAAAUAGUUCAUACAAAAAUACUGCGAAAAGUUUUAAAGAUUUAUUAAAUUUAUCACAAGAAAGUUUAAAUAAAAAAGGAAAUAAUGAUCUAUCUGGAUUUAAAAAUGGUUUUGAAUAUAUAAACUCAAAUACUUUAUAUGAUUUUAUUAUGAGCACAAAUAAUUCGAAUAAUCUUCUUGAGAAUUCAUUACAACAUGGUAAUAUUAUAAAUAAUAUUAACAGUAAUAAUGGAAAUAACUCGAAUAAUUUAAAUGGUAUGGGAUAUGGAUAUAAUUAUAAUUCUAGAAAAAAUAACAGUUAUGAUUAUAAUACUGACUACAAUUCGAGAAUAAGUGGUGAUGGAUCUGAAUUAUCUUUAAGUAAUAACGAUAACAAUGAUCUUAUUAUGAGUAUAGGUGGUGGUAGAUCAGAAAAUAUUAAUGAAGGGGAACAUGUAAGUGGCUAUAAAACUAGAAGGUUAGAUAUGAAUAAAAAUGCAUCUUCGGGUAAUAAUUAUGGCAAUAAUAAUGGAAGUUAUAAUAAUAAAGGUGGAAAAAAUUUAAAACAAUCAUCAACUAUAGUUUCUUCUGUAAAUAGUGCAAAUUAUGCAAACGGAAAAUUAAAAUAUGAAAUGCCAGCAGGUGUAAAUCCAAACGAUGAUAAAGUUAAAGGAGUAUAUUUUUCAAAAUCUCCAAGAGGUGUAGGUAAAUGGAAUGCUUACUUUCAAAUAGCUAACAAUAAAAGAUUAUUUACAAGUUUUAGUGUAAGCAAAUAUGGUUAUAAUGAGGCAAGAAAAUUAUCUAUAUUAAAAAGAACUGAAUGGGAAAAUGAAUAUAAACAUCAAACUGAUUUAAAAAAUGCAGAUGCUAAAAAAGGGAAAAAAAAAAGUAAUAUAAUUUCAAAUAAUUUAUCAAAAAAUAAUGGAAAAAAUAUGGGUAGUAAAGGAGGAAAUAAUUCAAAUAGUGAUGACUCUAUUUGUUAUACUAAAGAUGGAAAAUUAAAAGAUGAUGGUUUAGUAUAUUCAAAUGAUGAUGAAGAUGAUGAAAAUACAGGUUUAAUGAAUAGCAAAUUAUCUAAUGCUAUAGGUAAAGGAUUAAUAGGUGAUAACGAAAAAAAAAUGAGUAAAUUAAGUCAUAUGGAUAUUAAUGGCAAAGGAAAUAACGGAGGUGAUAAUAUGUUAGAUAGAGAUAGUUAUUUAAGAGGAGAUAAUGAUAAUAUAAAUUUUUUUAUUGACAACGAUAAAAAUGAUGAUGCUUUUAAUACAAUUGAUUUAAUACGAUCAAGUUUAAGUGUAGAAAAUAAUGGAAAUAAUAAUAGUAAUCCAUCAAAAAAUUCGAUAAACUAUCCUUCUAACUCAUUAAUUAUGAAUUCUUAUAAUAACAAUAUUAUGGAUGGCAAGCAAUCAUUAAAUACUUCUAGGAUUUUAUCAAACUCAUUAGGAUUCUCAAAUAAGUAUGCUGGAAAUUUAUAA